CGCGUGCCUGCCUGCCCCAGAGCCCCUCAAUAACUGCCACCCGCCCGGCCGCCUCCCUUCACUUUCUGGAAUCUUGAACUGUACAAUUACUCAGCCUUCUUGCCUUUUUUCCGUUUGUAAACAGCUUUAGAAUUCCGCUUCUUCCUCGUUUACACUUUCUCUUCUCCCCCCACUCCCUCAUCCAGGCACUCUUCUAGGUUUGGCCGGUGACGCCAUCUCUCCAACAUCUACUUCCCGCGCUCUUGCUGUCCCGCCUAGGACGAACGACGUCACCAUGCAAAUAACCAUCGCCAUCCAGGACACGACGGGAGACGAUCAAGACUUCCUCUCCCUCCAAGUCUUUCCCGACAUGACGCUCGAAACGCUGCGCAACUCGAUCCAGGCGGAAACCAGCCACCACCCCAGCACACAACACCUCUACCACAACGGCAACCUGAUCACCGACAACUCCAAGACCCUGACCCAGCUCAACGUCACCGACGGCGACAUGCUGGCCCUCCACGUCCGCGAAACACAACGGGCCACGGCGGUUCCCGAGUCACAGCAAGGAAGGCCAGCGGCGCCCCCUCAACAAGAUCCCGAGUUUUUGCGUCUGCAGUUCCUGGCGAAUCCGGCUCUGCGGGCCGAGGUGGAGAGGACAGCCCCCGACUUGGCGGCCGCUAUCAAUGACCCCCAACGGUGGGCGCAGCUCUUCCGGGAGAGGUACGACAGGGAACAGAGGGAAAGGGCGGAGCGUCAUCGGAUAAUCCAGCAGUUGAACGAGGAUCCGUUCAAUCCGGAGGCGCAGGCGAGGAUCGAGGAGAUCAUUCGCCAGGAGCGGGUUACCGAGAACCUGCAGACUGCUAUGGAGCAUAAUCCUGAGGUAUUCGGUACCGUACACAUGCUGUAUCUGGAUGUUGAGGUAAACGGGGCCAAGGUCAAGGCCCUCGUGGACUCCGGAGCUCAAGCCACGAUCAUGAGUCCCGACAUUGCCGAGGCGUGUGGUAUCAUGCGCCUGGUCGACAAGCGGUACGGUGGUAUCGCCAAGGGCGUCGGAACUGCCAAAAUCAUUGGUCGUGUGCACACGGCUCCUGUUAAGAUCGGCUCGCUCUUCCUGCCAUGCAGUUUCACCGUCAUGGAGGGCAAGAAUGUGGAUAUGCUUCUCGGCUUGGACAUGUUGAAACGUUACCAGGCUUGUAUCGAUCUGGCCAAGAACGCGCUCGUCAUCCAGGGCGAGGAGAUUCCCUUUUUGGGUGAGGCGGACAUACCGAAGGCGACGGAGGAGGCGCUUCAGGAUGAGCCUACGAUUGAGGGUCCCGGCGGCACGACCAUCGGCCAGCGUACCGGCGCGGUUUCGGGACCUGGUACUGCACAGCAUCGCCAGGGUCAGGCUGGUCCGUCUACUGCUGCACAGCCAGGUCCCUCUGCUCCCGCUCCCGCUCCCGCUUCCGCUUCCGCUCCCGCACCUCGAGCGCCUCAAGCCCGGUCUUUUCCCCGGGAGCAUAUUGAGCAGCUUGUAGCACUCGGUGCUGAUGAGCAAAAGGCGAUUCGGGCUUUGGAGGCGACGGACGGGAACGUUGAGUAUGCGGCCAGUUUGAUCUUUGAGGGGUUCUGAUAAAUUAAAGGAAGUUGGGAGUUGUUGGCAUGAACAUAGAGAGCAUAUAUCUGCUUUUAGUGGAUCGGAUGGAAGCGGCGCAAAUCCAUGUUAUUUGGACGUCAAGAGUUGAAUGGACAGUAAAGAUAUGGUAUCGAUGUUAUAGUCAUAUGGGCAAGCAAGUAAAAGAUCUCCACAACCAUUGAAGCGUUCUUAAAACCAUGCUUCGCUGCUUGACCAGUUUAAUCGGACCCGUUCAAUCGAGCUGUAAAUACGA